AUGGCCGCACGAAGCGCAGCUCUCAAGCUCGACUGGGCCAAGGUCACCACCUCGCUCGGCCUGCGCGGCCAGACCGCCGCCUCUCUUCAGGCCUUCAAGCAGCGCAACGAGUCCGCCCGCCGCCGCGUCCAGCAGCUCUCGGAGCUCCCCACCACUGUUGACUUCGCCGCCUACCGCUCCGUCCUCAAGAACCAGGCCGUCGUCGACGAGAUCGAGAAGCGCUUCACCGCCUUCAAGCCCGCCACCUACGACGUCAACCGCCAGAUCAAGGCCAUCGAGGCCUUUGAGGUCGAGGCUGUCAAGAACGCCGAGGCUACCAAGCAGAAGGUCGACCUCGAGCUCAAGGACCUCGAGAAGACCCUGACCAACAUCGAGUCCGCUCGCCCCUUCGAGGACCUCACUGUCGACGACGUUGCCGCCGCCGAGCCCUCGAUCGACGAGAAGACCUCCCAGCUUGUCUCCAAGGGCCGCUGGUCCGUUCCGGGAUACAAGGAGAAGUUCGGCGACCUCUCGGUGCUAUAG